GACGAAGCGGUUGCCGCUUCAUUUUGUUUACUCAUUCCCUCAAAUUUCAACAUUAAUUUUCAUUCCCGCGCGCACACUGUUUCUUCUUCUUCGUCUUCCUCGCUUUCUCUCUUCCUCCGCGAUUCGAUAGAUUUCAUUCUCACCGAGGUCGAGCUAUCAUGAAAACAGCCACAUCAAAAGACAGAAAGCCGGUUAAGGCUUCUGGAAAAUCCGGUCUAAAGAUUGGAUCCGUUGGAGUGAAAAAUUCUUCCAAGAAAACAAAUAAAUUGAAUCACAAAACAAAAGGAUGCGAUGAGGAAUUGUUGGCUAACAAAGAGAAUCAGCAUUUCCCAUUUAAGGAACCUGUGGGAUUGUGCCAAGAACAACCUCGUAAAGAUUCAUUUCUCAUGAAAAUGAGAGAUGCGUUUAAGGUUGAUCUUUAUCCGAGACAAACACUCAAUUCUUCUGCAAAAAUCACAUUACAACUUUUUCCAGCAAAUGAAGUAAUUCGAAAAGGACUUGAAAAGGAUGGGCAUAAUCCAUACUUAGAACUCACACUAAGUGGUAGAAAGAAAAUUUCUUCAGUUCUAAGACACAUUAAAAAGAAGUGGGGAAGUUCAAGUCCAGCCAAAGGGGAGCCCAUGCUUUUUCCAUACAACAGAAUGAAAAAUCUAUCUAACUGCAAAAGGUGGACAAUUAAUGAUAGCGACACUACAACCGCAGCUGUGUAUGCUGCUGUUGGAAAUCCUGCAAUUUUCCGGUUGAAGUAUGGUUGGUUUAACAUACAAAAAGCUACACCAAUUGGUAUAUCCUCCAUGCCGAUUCCCUGUGAGUCGGGCGUACAGUCAGGAAGAACAGAGACAGGUUGCAAUGCUAGUUUAGAGUCUUUAAGUGAUGAUCGGGACAAGAUUGAGGCAACUGCAGUAGACACAGCAACUGACGUGGUCAAUGUAAUAAGUGAAAUUGUGGCUCAGAAAACGGACAAUGAACCUGCCGAUCCUCUGGAUAACGAGCCAAAAGAAAGUUGCAGCGUUCAACAGCCAUUGAUGCCAUGGGCUGAUUGUCUAGACAACAUAAGCAUUGGCGGCCUCCUGUCUGAAGCAUCAUUCCUGGGAAAGUUUGAUUCAAAAUUGUUUGGCAGCAAUGGUACCAGUCAAACACGUCAUUUAAUUUCAGAUUCAUUGGAUGCUUUUAUCACCUCCCGAAAUAGUCAUCCUCCUGUUUCAACACCAUCUGCCGGACCGUUGCUCACAUCAUUUUUUGAUGCUGGCGAUGCAUGCAAUUCAUUUGAUCUUCAAAAUUUAUCUUCCCCAACAGAUGUGCAGACUGAUAGUGGAACAAAAACAGGUUAUUCCGUGGCCUGCUGUCAGGAUGCAUCUUCAUACUUGUUUAAGCUUCCAUGUACAGACAAGGUUAAUGAUCAAGCCAGGCUUUCACAAAAUCCCUCGUCCGAGGAGACUCAAACAGACUCAUUGCUUUCUUCUUGUUUGUAUGAUGGUGAAAGAAGUCUUGGGUUAUCAGGCAUCAUCUGGAAUGACUCUAUGGGUCCUUUCGAUCUUGGCAUGCCAGCUAAGAAACGCAUUGGCGGAGACAGUGUUAGUAUCGGUGAAUUAAUUAAAUAGCAGCUUAGAUAUAAGUUGGAGACUAGUGUGUGUUUGGUUUAUAACUGAAGCACAUUACAAUGUACUUCCAAAUAAGUUGUUGUGAACUCAACAUGUGUUUCACAUCUUCCAACGCCAAUCCAAACACACUAAUAGAAAAGAAAGGAAUUGUUUUUUGUACUUAAUAGAAUCACUUGCUGUAGAGUCUAGAAACCAGGUUAAUAUGAAAAGAAACAAUGGACAUAAUACUGAGUUAUCAGGUGUAAAAAUCAAUGUUUUGGACUUACAUUUAGCUCUGUGCUUUUGAAAUAUUUCUUAUCCACAACGUUUCAAUUCGGUUGCUCUGGCAUGUAUUUGGUGCCAAGUGCUUAUGAGUUGAAAUAUAAUUGAGAUCA